UUCCUCCACGCCAGAUUGCGUAUUAUGGGAUGUGCGGAAUUAAAGCAGCCCUAGGAGGACGCUGCUGUUUGGGUCUGUCGGCGUAAACAGAAGAGCACAGAGGUCGGGGACACACAGCGGCUUGUCAUGGAGCUGUCUGCCGUCGGAGAGAGCGUCUUCGCGGCGGAGUCCAUCAUUAAGCGACGGAUCAGACGGGGUCGUUGGGAAUAUCUGGUGAAAUGGAAGGGCUGGUCUCACAAGUACAGCACAUGGGAACCAGAGGAAAACAUCCUGGAUGAGCGUCUCUUGGCAGCCUUCGAGGAGAGGGAACGCGAGAGGGAGCUUUUUGGACCCAAAAAGCGAGGACCCAAACCUGAGACAUUCCUUAUGAAGGCCAAAGCCAGGGAGAAAACGUACGAAUUCAGACAAGAUCCCGUCAGGCCUAUCCAGGUCUCCUAUCCGGUCCCGGAGCCUGUCAUAACGCCAAGGGCCAGGGAGGGUUUACGCACCGUGGUGCCCACCAUCUUCCCACCCAGCACGGUCAACCGGGGGGAAAGCGUCCACCACCACUUCAUCCGGGAGCAAGAAAGGCUCGCUGAAGAAGCAUCGCCUCGGCUUCCCAAGAAAAGAGGACGCAAACCCAAAUUGCGUUUGCGUUACGAGCAGGAUGAUGAAGACUUUGUUGAACCUGCGGCUAAAAUAUCCAGACGCUUGGCUCAUCGCGAUGCGGCAGAAACGUCCGAUCCCAGUCUGGUGCAGCUGACUAGAAGGUUCCAGGAGGAGACCACCAUCACGCCAAAGUCCUGCAGCAGCAGCAACAGCGAGCAGGGGCGUAUGCAGGAGCGAGGGGGCAGGACUCGUUAUUUGGCAAAGCAUGCGGACGUACACCGAGAAGAACAACUCGGCGUUAUCUGUCAACCCACGCCACACGGCACGUCGUGGAACCCGCGUUUUACCAACAUGGACACUGUGACAGUCACUGACGUCACCAUGAACCUCCUGACUGUCACCAUCAGGGAAAACUACACCGAUAAAGGCUUUUUCCGCGGGAAAAGAUGAAAAAAAAACGAUUUUGUGGCUCAAGUCAAUUAGGUACACUACAAUACAAAAUCUGCAUCAAAAAUACAGCGUUUUUAAAAUAACCGUGUUCGGUUUUGAUUGUCGCUGUUAGAGAGGGGAUCCGUUGUUACAGAGCAUACGUCCUGACGUGUCCCUAAUAUUUCGUCCUGCUUCUUUAUCUAAAUGAGAAAGUCAAAAUAUUAGAAACAUCCCAUCAAUAUGAACUACUGCUGUAUUUUGCGGGUGUACAAACGUCAGCAAGAUCUGCUUUAAAACUUCAGCAUUUAAAACCUGCUCAAUUUUGAUUGACACUCUUGGAGACGGUUUAGUUAUUAUGCAACAUGCAUCCUGAUGUGUGUCUAAUAAUUCGGCCUGUUUGUCUAUCUAAAUAAGAGAGUCGAAAUAUUAAAAACACCCCCCAAUAUGAGCAGUGAUGCAUUGUGUCGGAACGUGAACAGGAUCUGCAUAACAAAUUCAGCCUGGCAUUUGUAAGAGAGGUUUUAAAUAUGAAAUAUUAAUGAUCAUGCCCACCCUGCGUGUUCUUAAUAUUUCGUCCCUCUCUUGCAGGCAGUAUAAUAGAAUCCCAAAUACAAUAGAGUGCAGUUUAAACCACUAUUGGUAUACCUAAUGUUGUGGCCUAUAAUGUGUGCGCUAACAUACUACUUACUACUGUCGUCAUGCUAUAUAUAUAUAUUUUUAUAAUACAUCAUCAUAAUACAUCAGUAUUUAAUAUGAAUUAAAACCUAAUUGUUCUAGGCUGUAUGAUUAAAAAGAGAAUGUUUUUUGCACACUUGUUUUGCUAUUUUGGACACAAUGAAAAUACAUUUUUGACAUUUUAAUGUGUAUUUUUUCGAUUUUGACAUAAUUCGUUUGUGUAUGUGCCAGAAAUAAUCAUCUAUAAGCUACAAUUCAAGUGCAUUUUGCAUGCUUCACCCCCCUUCCCCCCGCCCCUUCACACACGUUUAAGCUGCUGCACCGCGCCAUUAUUAACUUUAUAGAUACUUUUUAUAUUUAUUUCUGUGCAAAGCUGCAGUAUUCAUGUUCAACCGUUGCAACGUUUUAACUGUUGAGAAUAAAAACAUAAGACAUAA